AAAGCAAACUGGGCCGUGUGGGGCUGCACUCAAACUGGUGCAGCGACCGGACAGAGUGCUUGAAUCUCCUGGGCAUCUCCUUCGCUGGCUCGUACCUGCCUUGGAGUGUCCUGUUCCAACCUGGGAUGAGGAGUAGAACGUUCUGGUUUUGACUGAGCAAGAGGCAGUGAGGAGGAGCAAGGAUGUCCAUGAGGAGCCCUGUUUCUCCCCCCCUGGAGCUCGAUGGAGCGGGCAACAUGGUGAACUGCACCAUCAAGACGGAGGAGAAGAAAGAGGGUGGCUAUGAGUCUCCACCGGGGGCUGCCCCCAGCACCAAGCCCCAUCCCAAUGACCCACCGGGGCCACCGCCGAAGGAGGGCACCGACCCCCAGGCCCUGCCGCAGGAGUCCUGCUCGCCCAUCAGUGAUGUGCUGGAGCCCAGGCGCUCUGCCUUUGAGCCAGCUGUCAGCAGCCAAGAGAAGCUGGACUUCAACAGGAACUUGAAGGAGGUGAUGCCAGCCAUUGAGAAGUUACUGUCCAGUGACUGGAAAGAGCGGCUGCUGGGCCGAAACACUGCCGAGUCCAAGGAAGUGAAAGGAACCCAGGAAAGCCUGGCAGAGAAGGAGCUCCAGUUACUUGUCAUGAUCAACCAGCUGUCCACACUGCGGGACCAGCUCCUGACGGCCCACUCAGAACAGAAGAACAUGGCCGCGAUGCUGUUUGAGAAGCAGCAGCAGCAGAUGGAGCUAGCGCGGCAGCAGCAAGAGCAGAUCGCCAAGCAGCAGCAGCAGCUCAUCCAGCAGCAGCACAAAAUCAACCUCCUGCAGCAACAGAUCCAGCAGGUCAACAUGCCCUAUGUCAUGAUCCCUGCCUUCACCCCCAGCCACCAGCCUCUCCCCGUCACUCCUGACUCCCAGUUAGCGCUGCCCAUCCAGCCCAUCCCCUGCAAACCAGUGGAUUACCCGGUGCAGCUGCUGCACAGCCCCCCUCCUCCCACGCUGAAGAGACCUGCUGGCUCAGGCCACCUCCAGAUGCAGGAGACCUCACAGCCACUGAAUCUGACAGCCAAACCCAAAGGCUCUGACCUCCCCAGUGCCUCCAGCUCACCCAGUUUGAAGAUGAGCAGCUGCCAGUCCCUCACACCGAGUCACGGGGCCACCAGGGACCUGCAGACCAGCCCGUCCAAUCUGCCUCUGGGGUUCCUGGGUGAAGGCGAUGCCAUCACCAAAGCCAUCCAGGAUGCACGGCAGCUGCUGCACAGCCACAGUGGGGCCAUAGAGGCAUCACUGAGCAAUCCCUACCGCAAGGACCAUGUUGGGAUUGAUUCUUCCCCAGUGAAGGAGCGAAUGGAGGAGACCCCUGCUCACCGGCUGGAUGAGGCUAUGUUGACCUGUGAGAUGGAUGGCUCACGGCACUUUCCUGAGUCCAGGAACAACAACCACAUCAAGCGGCCCAUGAACGCCUUCAUGGUGUGGGCAAAGGAUGAGAGGAGGAAGAUUUUGCAGGCCUUCCCAGACAUGCACAACUCCAGCAUCAGCAAGAUCUUGGGCUCACGGUGGAAGUCCAUGACAAACCAGGAGAAGCAGCCCUACUACGAAGAGCAAGCCCGUCUGAGCCGGCAACACCUGGAGAAAUACCCGGACUAUAAAUACAAGCCCCGACCCAAACGCACCUGCAUCGUGGAGGGGAAGCGCCUGCGUGUGGGCGAGUACAAGGCGCUCAUGAGGAACCGGCGGCAGGACGCCAGGCAGGGCUACUUGAUAGGGCCCCAGGGCAGCCAGAUGCCCCCUGCCUCCUCGGAUGUACUGUACCAGCGGCCAGUGGGCAUGCAGCUGACCCCACCCUUGAUGGAGCACUACCUGCCCCGCAGCAUGGACCCCAGCAUGCCCGUCAUCGUCAACACGCGCAGCCUCAAGGAGGGUGACGGUGGUGGUGACGAUGGGCACUCGGUAGCUGAUGGUGAGAUGUACCGCUAUAGUGAGGAGGAGGACUCGGAGGGCGAGGACAAGAGUGAUGGCGAGCUGGUGGUGCUGACGGACUAAGGGGAGCUGGGGGGUGGUGGGUGGGGGCGGCAGGGCUGGCUCCCACCAAAAAGGGAGUCACAGCGUCCCCCGAUGGGAUGGGACUUGGGCAGAGGGCUGCUCUGGGAGCAGAGGAGAGCUGCUACCCUGGCAGGUGGGAGUCAUUGCGGCCUGCAAAUGGGUCCCACGAAGGUGGGCAGCCGGCGUUUUGGAUGGGGUGCUUCCCAAGGAGGUGAUGAGUUGGGAUUUUUGCUGCGCAAGGCCAUGGCUGGGAUGUGUCCACCCCACUGGGAAAGAUGAAGGCUGGCUCAGUCUUGCUGCAUUGGCUGGGGCAUGAGGGUGCCACUGCCACAGAGCUGUCACUCACUUGCUGUCCCCUGGGAGGGACCUGAGGGUAUCAGGGUAUGGGGAAAACUCUGGAGCAUCUCCCAGCCCUCCAUCACCCAUGGGUUUCUUGCAGAGAGCCUCAUCUACAGAAGCUGCCAGCCCCUGCUGUGGGGACAUGGAAUGGGGAUGUGGGAUGGGGAGAUAGGAUGGAGGCACGCUUGUCCCUCGCUCAGCCCCAGUCUGACCUCCCCACCGCCUUUCCCCCUCGGUCUUUAGAGCCGAGCCUGCCAGCAAAUUCCCGUGGAGUCAUUUUUAGCUCUCGCUGGCCCAAGUACUGGCCAACGGCUCCGAGAAGCCCUUUGUGCUCCUGACAGCUCUGGCCCACUUUGUAAAUAAAGCGGGUGCCUGUUCCCUGGCUGCACCGUUAUCCCAGCCCUCUGCUGGCCCUCGUCCUGGGCAUGGCUGAACACAAGCCCUGGCUGUCAGGGGGAUGUGCCCUGGCUGUCCCUGGGUACCUCUCCCUCUUGUGCACCGAUUGCACGCUGCAGGCUCCACCUGUGAUCAUGAAAACCUCUAAGGGAGAGAAAAAUAACAGCAAUUUAAAAAAGAAAACAAGAAAUAAUUAAAAAAAAAGAAACUUGAUGUGGUCGGAGCCUGGACCACGGGUGUUUAGGGUGCAUGCAUGGUGUCCGGCUGUGCAUGCAGCUGGACACUGCAUGCACAGUGUCCAUGUGAAUGCACGGUGUCUGGUUGUGUGUGCAUGGGGUCCAAGUGCGCACACAGUGUCUGGCUGCAUGCACAGUGCCCAGCUCUGUACACACACUGUCCAGCUGUGCGUGCCCAGUGUCUGUCUGUGCACACACAGUGUCUGUCUGUGCAUGCCCAGUGUCUGACUGCAUGCACGGUGUAUGACUGUGGACACCGUGUCCAGCUGAGCGCAGGGUCCGUGCACCUCCCCGUGGCCACCGCCAGAAACAGGCACUACAGCUGCAGCCACAGCCUGGCCUCCGGCCUGGCACAGUGAGAACCUUCCCGGGGUUGCAGAAGGAGCUGGGGCUGCCUGAGCUCUGAGCUAGAGCCGGGGGACGAGCCUUGCAGUGGGGCCUUUGCUGCUACCCCCAUCCUCAGAUGCAGCAUGGGGGCCUGGAGCAGCAGCUCUGCGGCAUCGGGGCCCCAGUGCUGCCUCCCUGCAUCCCGCAGGGCUGCCAGCAGGACAUGGUUUAUCCAAAGGUGGUCCUGCUUCCUUGCCCACCCAGACACCUCUCUUAACCUUUGUCAGUGCUUUAUUUAUUCCCCUCCCUGCGCUGCUCUGGCUAGGGUCAGGGGUCCCUGGGGAAGGGGCUCUGGCCCCCAGCGUGGAAUGGGCUGUGCUGCAGAAGGGACUGGAAGCAGAUGUGCCCGACAAAGAUGCAG